GGCUCAUCACCAAUCAUAGAGAAAGCAGAUGUGCAGCCAUCGAAUCCCGGACAUUCGCCACUUGAGGCUAGCAAGAUCCACCCCAGUCGUUUGAGCCUUGUCCCACGGGGAACGGCGACACAGUGGACGAACAUGAAUGGUCAAGUCGAAGGAGGCGCGACGCCCACUGUCGAUCAAGAAGACACUGCGGUCCCAUCCACGCCGGCGGAGCAAAAGAAGACAGAAGAUGAAAUGCAGUCAGCACCCGUCGCGCUUUCACCGUUAGAUGAUCUCGCCAAAUUGCGUAAGUUCAAAGCCGAGGUUGAGGCCAGCCGACGUUCUGCGAAAGAUGCACAUGCUCCGUCUAUCACUGCUAUCGCGGAGUCUUUUCUCAAGUCGCAUCUCUCUCCGGCAAUGACUUCGACAACCUUUCCUGUCGCGCGUAUGUCAGUCGACGGGGUGUCACCAAAGACGGUAGUGACUCAAGAAGCGUCUGCGGCGGUGAGCAGGGAACAAGAGCUCAAAGAAAGGCUGCUACGAGCGAAGACGAGAUCGGAUGAUACGAAUCAUUUGACUGGCGACAAGAGACCUGCCUCCCAAUCCAUACAAGAUUCUGACUCGAACAAGAAGCCCAGGGCUCGAACAAUCAAGACCGAUCUCUACUCCAGCAGGAACAUAUGA